AUGUCGCGACGCGUUCCUCCGCCUCCUCCAACGCUACAGCAACAAAGACACUCAUCAUCAGCUAAUGCUCACUACAGCCUUCCACCUCCUCCAUUUCCUGAUACUACACCAGCUCAGUCUGUAAGCUUUGCAAAGAAUGAGCUCUCCUUUAUUAAAAAUCCACCAGAGGAAAUUUCCAUUGAGUGUCCAAUAUGUCUGAGUGUCAUGCUAACUAGCUCUUCUCUGACAAGUUGCUGUGGCCAUCAUUUCUGCAACUCUUGUAUAAGCAGGGUGAAGGGAGCCUGCCCUCAUUGCAGAGAAAAGUCCUACCAAACAAUGCCAGAUAAAGACAGGAUCCGUAUAAUACAAGGCCUGAAAGUGGCCUGCAGCAAUAAUGAAGCAGGCUGCAGUUGGGAAGGAGAUCUGAAAGAUUUAUGCUCCCAUAUUGACAGAGGCACAAGAGAGGGAGAGUGUCAAUUUGAAACUGUUCAAUGCCAUUAUCCACAAUGUGGUGUUAAGAAGAUCAGAAGAGAACUUGAUGAUCAUGAAAGUAAUGAAUGUCCAUAUAGACCUCACAAGUGUCAGUAUUGUGGUGUUUCAUAUCCCCAAGCAGUUUCUUCUGAACAUUACGAGUCAUGUAUCAAGUAUCCUAUAGCUUGUCCUAAUGGUUGUGAGCUGAUCCUACCUCGUGAAGAUUUGUCCUCACAUUUAUUGACCUGCUCUCUUCAACCUGUUGACUGUGAGCUGCAGUGGGCAGGUUGUACUGUUAGACCAUUGCGUAAAGAUGUUAGACAGCAUCUUGUUGAUAAUCUGCAUGAGCAUUUUUCCCUCCUGGCUGUUGCUUGUGGUGUAUUGAAGGAAGAGAAUAAAGAAUUAAGAAAUGAAAUAAACAAACUAAAUAUCUCUGAAAUAUAA